AUGGAUGAAAUGAAUGCAGAAAUUCUUGAUCACAUUUUGGAGUCUGAGUCUGACAAUGAAUCUAAUUCGUCAUCUAAUAUGAAGAGGAUUAUGACGAGAAUGUCUUUGAACCAAUUUUAUUCGCUGCAAAUAAUAAUAUUAGAACCAGUAUUAGGAGUUGUUCAAAGAGUACAUCAUGUAAAAAUUCUUAAUUAUAUUGACAAUGUUGUACAUUUAUACAGUGGGAAAGAUUUCAUAAUGCACUUUCGGUUAUCACGAGAAAUAACCAAUGAGUUGAUCAAUCGUUUUGCAGCAUCUCCAACUUUUUUGGCAUUACAAGCUCAUGCCGGAUACGAGCCUAUAUCUCCAGAGAAACAUAUCUUAAGUUUUCUUUGGUACGUUGGACAUGAAAGUGCUGGCUAUCGAGAUGUAGCAGAUAGAUUUGGAAUUACUAUAAGUGCACUGUACAAUGUUAUAUCCCGAGUCACAAAUUUUUUAAUAUCCCUUGCACCAAAUGUCAUCAGAUUCCCUACAUUACAAGACAGAGAGGCCACUAAACAAUAUUUUGUUCAGCAAAAAAGAUUUCCUGGAGUAAUAGGUGCUAUAGAUGGGUCGCAUAUUCGAAUCGACAAACCAAUAGAAGAUAAAGAUUCAUAUAUAAAUAGGAAGCAAUUUUUUUCCAUUCAAUUACAAGGCAUUGUGAACUACGAACAAAAGUUUAUAAAUGUAUUUAUUGGUUACCCUGGAUCAGUUCAUGACGCAAGAGUUUUUAGGGAAUCGCCUGUGUACAAUAGCCUAAAUGAACUUUGUGGAGAACAUGGAUACUUGCUUGGAGAUAGUGCAUAUCCUUGUUUACAACGGCUGAUUGUUCCAUAUAGAGAUAAUGGACACUUGACACGAGCUCAAAUCAAUUUUAACCGAAGAUUGAGCUCAUGUCGAGUUAUUAUCGAAAAUGCAUUUGGUAACCUGAAACAGCGAUUUCGUCAAUUGUACCAUUUUGAAAACAUGGGAAAAUGGAAGAAGUAUUCUCGAAAAUAUAAAAAAUGUUAG